UACUUACUUACAAUACAGCUUACGUGCAAUACAUAGAUAAAAUUACAGUCAAGUAUAUUUGAUACUUUAAAGAUAAAUGAUAUCUAAAAUAUAUUUCUUUUUAUUCGUUUAUCUUCUAAUCAGUAUUUAAGAAUUUUUUGAGUUUUUUUUAGUUCUAGCGCAAACCUUAGGACGAAAUUUUGGCAAUUAUUGCUAUAAAUUUAUUAUAUAAAAUGAAGUAUUUAUCUGUUCUAUCUAUUUUUUGCUUUGUGGGAAUAGCGUUUGCUGCUAUUUCUUUUCCCAAGGAACAGGGUCUAGGAAGUAUAUCGGAUUGCCUGUUUUGUACAGGUGUUGGAAAUCAAGUUAGAUUGCUGCAAAAACACAAUCUUUCAAUCGAAGAAAUAAGAGACGUUAUAUUCCAAGAAUGUACUUUGCCCACGGAUUGGAUUUUCUUCGUUAGCUGCGAAGCCUAUAUAGGCGAGAUCAUAAACGGAGUAUUCAAUUCAACCAAUUUGGAAGUACAUGAAGCAUGCCAGAAUAUUAAAUACUGUUGGUAAACAAUAUAUUGUAAUGUUUUAAAGAAUUUAAUAUAUAUUACAGAUAA